AUGUGCCCCGGUAAACAACGGCGAAGAUUCCCGAAUUGUUGCGCGCAAUUCCAAACCAUUCGGGAGAGAGGAGGCGCGGUGGAGCCGGGAAGCGACCCCGGUCUCGCGGAGCGGCGCGUCAUGACAGAGCGGGGAGGGCGCGCGAGCCCUCGCGCGGCUCGCAUAGCGACGGGCGCGGCUUCGAGGGGCGGAGUCGAGGGCGACGGGUGGGACGACGAAUUUCAAUUCACGCCCAGGGCGGACGCCUCGCCGAGGAGCUCGGGCAAGCGCACGCCCCCGAGGUCGCCGCGAGGAGGAGCCCCGGCGGGAGGAUCUACCCGAAUCCUAUUCUAUCCGACGUCGCCUCGGCCGCGAGGAGACGACGCGCACAGCCCGGCGUCCAGCUCCGGCACCUCGCGCGGGUCCCCCGACGAGAACCAGGACACCUCGCAGAUUCCCGGCUCGAGCGGACGCCGGCGGGGCUUCACCGACGGAUUCACGCCGCCGAGCGCGGACCCGAACGCGUCGCCGCCCGCGCCCAAUCGAGUGUCCGUGUCCCCGUUCGAGCAGCGCAGGAGGCAGGCGCUGCUGGAGAAGCAGCGACGAUUCGCGGAGAUGAUCGGCAGGAUCAGGGCGCCCGAUUCCCCCGAGCAACCGCCGCCGCCGCCGCGCGCCGACCCCGCGGCGACGACGACGACGACCCCGCGGCGACGUACUCGGAUCCUUCCGCGCGACGAGGAUGAGACGGAUCCGGCGCCGGCGGCGGCGGUGGACGUCAGCACGGACAGCGACGCGUGGACCCCGGUGAGUCGCCGGGAUCAUCGCCAAUCGGGUGAGUCACCGGUCGUGGACUCGUGGGACGAGAUCGAGGCUCCCGCGGUGACCCCGCCUGGAGCGCGCCGGCGCCGACAGCCCGGCGACGACCCGUCGUCCCCGUCGUCGUCCCACAUGCGCACCCCCGCCGAGGAGCCGCUGGAGCUGAGCCCCGACGACGUCACGAGCGGCGGGACGGGCAGGCGGCUCUCCGAGGAUGAGCUCGUGGCGAGGUACAGGGUAUUCGCGAGAGACGACGACGACGACGACGACGACGACGACGGAGGGGCGCGGCGGGCCGCGGAGCCGAACCCUCCCUCGUGGCCGUUCAGCAGGAACCCGUCCGGUGGUUCGGACGUCCAAACCGCCGCGUUCUCGCCUCGGGAGCUGGCCGAGAUGGCCCCUGGCGGACGCGCGGAAUCGCCGGCAAAGUCGCCGCCGCCGCCGCCGCCUGAUCGUCUCCUCGCUCCUCCCCGUCCGUCCCCGUCGAUCGAACUCCCGGGGGACGAUUCGAGCAGCGGCGGGUUCGCGACGCCACAGGGCGUGACGCCCACGAGCGGCGGGGGCGGGCGCAUCGAAAUCACGACCGAGGACGACGACGGGGACGACGGGGACGGGGCCGGGGAACGCGUCGAAUCGAGGAACACUCCGGAGCGCGCGCCGAGCUCGCCCACGACGGCAAACGCCGAGGCCAUCGCGGGUAGGUCGCGCGUCCCGCUGACGAGUCGCGCGGCCAAGUUCAUGGCGAAGCUGGGCGCCGCGAGGAGGGGAACGGCGGAGGACCGCGCGGACAUUCGCAGGCGCCUGGGGCUUCCCGAGGUGGACGAAGGUGCGCGGCGGUCGUUCGCGGAGGAGGAGGACCAACGGGAGGAGGACCGAUGGGAGGAGGAACGGGAGGAGGCGGGCCCGUACGCGACGCGCUCGCCCGACCGCAAACCGCGCAGCCUCGCCGGCUCGUGGCUGAGCGACUCGGCGGCGGCGGCGGCGGCGGCGGCGCCUCGGCUGGGGCCCAGCCCGCGGUCCCCGCGCAUGCCCAGCAUCCGCGAGGAGCCGCCCGGACCCGCCCAAGGCUUGCCCGGUUCGCCCGGUUCGCCCGCCGCCGGUGACGUCGCGUACUCUCCCGCCGCCUCCACGCCGACGCCGCCGAGGACGCCGAUGAGACGAUUCCAACAAGACGGCGCGAACGGGGAGACGCCGACGAGGAGAUCCUACCCGGGCCCCGUGGGAACCAACCCCCCGCGUUCGCCGGCGGGUUCAAACGACGCUGACAAAGCCGCGGCGGCGAGGAAGCUUCUCGCCGCGGCGUCGCCGAGCAAGCGGCAGACACCGCUCGGUGGAUCCGUGACGGCCGUGACGUCCGUAACGUCGUCAGCCGCGUCCCCUGUGCCUUCUCCGGGUGGUCACGAUCCCGGUAAGGCGGCCGCCGCGAGGAGGAUCAUGCUCGCGGCGGCGGCCAAGAAGGCGGCGGCGGGCGCAGACGACGGAGCCGGGGACGGAGCCGGGGACGACGAGGAGUUCGGCCUCGACCUCGUCUUCUCUCCCGCGAGCGGCGCGAAGGCGACGGCGGCGACCGCGAGCGGCGGCGGCGGCGGCGGCACAGCUGGAGGCGCGAUCGCCGAGCGAGCCGUUUCGGCGCAGCGGCAGCUCGGAUUCGCGCAGCCGGAUGGGGCGGCGAGCGACUCCGGGAACGAGAGCGCGGCCGGCGUCUACGACUCGGCGUUCGAGUUUAGGUCCCCGAGGCGGCACGAAACGGAGGUUCGCGCGCGGAUGGUGCGGCUCAACGAGGUCCCGCCGCCUCCGUCCGUGGCGCCCGCGGCGCACCAUCGCGCCGAGGUUUCGAGGUUCGGGGGCGACGCCGCCGACAAGUCACUACAAGUCACUACAAGUCACUACGACGAGGACGCGGCGACGGCGACGGACUACGAGACGGACGCGGGGUACGGAACGGCGAUGGACUCUCUUCCUUCGGGGGGAACGUCCGGCGACGCGUCCAAUCCGCGCGCGCUUCGCGUCGCGUUGGAGAAGCUCGAGAUGCGGCUCGAGGAGGCUGGGUGGGAGAAGGAGGCUCUGGAGACCCGUCUAGCCGAGGCGGAGGCGACGCUGGCGAGGACGGACGCCGUCAACGGGGCGAGGAUCUCGCAGCUCUCCGCGGAGGUGCAGCAGAACGACUACCUCAGGCGUUUGUUGAAACGCGCGGAGGAGAUGCGAAACGCCGCGAGGAUGCAGGCGAAGGAGGCGCGCGUGCGUCUGGAGAUUCGCGAGCGGGAGUUGGAAAGUCGGCGGAUCGAGAUCGAUCGCAUGGAGGCGGAGCGAGACGGUCUGCGGCGUCGGAUACUGACGGAGAAGCGCCGAUCCGACGCGAUGGAGCGGACGAUCGAGGCGCAGAACGACGAGCUGGAGGAGUCGCACGGCAGGCGGGUGACGAUGACGCAGCUGGCGGGGCUGCUCGUCUGCUUUUUGGUGAUUCUGUGGAUGCGGAUCAGGUUCGGACCGAGGGAGAUUCCCGCCGUCGAGCCGCCGCCGCCGUCGAACAUCAGGACCAUCGAGUUCGGUCGCCGGGUAGGGACGCACACGCCCCUGCGCAAGCCGGAUCCGUGA